AUGGAGCCGGUGCUGGGCGCACCAGGCCACACAUCCCUGUUUUUCAACUCGAGUUUUGCGUCCGAUAGCUCUGACGGGUCUGCCGCAGCGUCAAGCGCAGGUCCGUCGCGUCUGCAGCACCUUGCGACGUCGUUCCACCUGCACGACGCCGAGAUUGCAUUUUUCGACCAAGUGCUUCGCGGCCUCGACGAUACGUCCAGCAGCUUUUCGGAGCUGAAACAUAUGUACAAUGCUUGCAUUCAGGAUACUUCGCUUGUCACCCAAGUUGCACGCACACUGGAACUUACCGCGUCGUACCGCGUCGCCGACAUCCGCGCAGCCGUGGAUACGCGGCUGUGGAACACACUUCUCUCGCUCGUCCAGGUGCGUGGAAGUACGUGGCGCGAGCGCUGGGAUUCCGUGCGUGUAUCGAUUGGACUCGAGCCUCUGGAUACGCCUGAUACUGAGGAGCCGUAUGCGAUGAACACACUAGCCGACGCGCUCGCCUUCGCCGAUCCAGAGACGUCUACGGCAGACUUAGACAGCGUAUGGCAUCCUCCGAGUGCCUCAGUUGGAAUAGGGCUACCCCCAUGGCAAUCCAAGUCAUGGUACACGGAUGAUGCAGAAGAGAGCCGAGCGCGAAUGCACGAUCCAGACAUGGUGCUCUACCGCGACGCGCUUCUUCGACGCUUUCUGCACACAUGGCGACGGCGCAUUGCCGCCAGCGCCCAUACACUACGUCGCGUUGGUCGUGCACAGGAAAAGCUUGUUAAACUGCACGCAUGGAUUCAAUGGCGCCGUCGUGCGGCCCGCGCACAGCAGCAGCGCGCGUUGGCGACACAAGCUUGGCGCGGUUUGCUGCUACACCGCGCUUGGAACGCAUGGAUAGCGCGGAUACGCAUGCAAUCCAUGUCCAGGCGCGCAAACCAACGCGCGACACUACGCGCGCUAUUCUUCAAGGUCGAUGCGCGCCGUGCACAAACACUGCGCUGCGUCGCAUGGACUCUUUGGCAGCAUGCAUGGGAUCGGCGCAUCGCACAGCGGUGCUACAACGUGCAGAUUCUGCGUGCCGCGUGGGCGCAAUGGCGCGAGCAAACUGCGUACCGUCACAUGGAGCAGCGGCAGGAAAGGCACGCAGACGCUUUUGACGCCGCACUCGUGCGCGAACGCGCAUGGCGUGCAUGGCGGCGCACAUUUGCGCGCUGCUGUGCGCUCGAGCGCACUGCAAGCAAAGCACACAGCGCACGAGCGCACGAGCACGUCGCGCUCACAUUCACGGAAUGGCGCCUGCACGCCAAGGCGCAGUUUAUCGACCGUGUAUGCCGCGCCCAAGCGCUGCGCACCGCAUGGAACCAAUGGUGGCAAGCGUUCACGACACGCACUGUGCAAAUGCAGUGCGCCGAGCGCGAUGCCGCUAGCUUGGACCGUACACGUCGUCUAUCCGACACGCUCGCUCAAUGGCGCCGCAUGCUGCGAUACUGGGCGCAGCGCGCCAUACUUGCGCAAAAGUGCCACAACGUGCAACGAGCAGCCGCAGUGUGGGAUGCAUGGCGCACUGCGCUUGCAAAUGAGCGUGCACGGACCGCACACGCGUCGCAGCUGCGCUUGCAGCAUCUCCAGCGCCGCAUCUUUUAUCAAUGGAAGCGGCGGCAUCACCUCCAAGUAGCGCAGCGCAUGCAACGCAAAGUACAGCACAAGCUGUGCGGAAACGCAUUGCACACGCGGCAGCGGCACAUGGCGGCGCGCCGCGCAGAGCACAGUGCCGAUGUUCUGCUGCUUACGCGCGCCGUCGCGCAAUGGCGCACACGAUAUGAGGUCAACGUGCACAUGGACCAAAAAGCGGCGGCGACGCACACACUGCACUUGCUUGGUACGCUGCUAUCUGCAUACUGA